AUGCCAAAGCUCCUCGACUUUCGCUGCGCCGUCAUCACCGGCGGCGGCGGCGGCAUCGGCAAAGCCAUGGCCCGCCACCUCGUGUCCAAGGGCAAGACGGUCCUGCUCGCCGGCCGCACAGAGUCCAAUCUACAGUCGGCGGCCCGCGACGUCGGCGCCGCGGGCUACUACCUCCUCGACGUGGGCAAGACGGCCGACAUCUCGCCCUUUGUGGGCCGCAUCACCCGCGAGCACCCCGAGCUAGACUGCCUGAUCAACAACGCCGGCGUCCAGCGGCCCCUGGAUAUCCUCCAGGACGGCGACUUUGUGGCCAAGGCCGACCAGGAAAUCGACAUCAACGUCCGGGGCCCCAUGCACCUGACGCUCGGGCUGCUGCCGCACCUGCAGACCAAGCCCGGCGCCGUGGUUAUCAACGUGUCGAGCAUUCUGGGCUUUGUGCCCUUUUCCGUCAUCAACCCCGUGUACAAUGGCACCAAGGCGUGGCUGCACUUUUGGAGCAUGAACCUGCGCACGCAGCUGCGGCGGGCUGGGUCGGGCGUGCGCGUGGUCGAGAUUGCGCCGCCCACGGUGGCGACGGACCUGCACCGCGAGAGGGAGGACCCCGACGAUAACAAGAAGGAGAAGAAUGCGCAGGCGCUGAGUGUGGACGAGUUUAUGGGCGAGGUGGCGCGGAAGCUGGAGAGGGGGGACGAGAUGAUAUCCGCGGGGGUUGGGAGCGACAUUGUCGAAAAGUGGUAUGGGAUGUACGGCGCCUUGUAUGAUGAGGCGGCGUCCAAGAAGUAG